AUGGAUUACAUCUGCCCGGACAUCAACCAUUUGGUGGCGUGCUUCACGUGCGGCUCGCAGGCGCUGCCGCCGUACCGGUUGUGCGAGAGCGGCCACGUGGGGUGCCGGCCGUGCUCGGCGUAUCUGCGCACGUGCCUGUGCACGCAGCGGUACGUGUCCAACGCGCAUUACGUGUUCGACGCGCUGGUGUCCGCGCUGCUGCUCAAGUGCAAGUACGCCGCGGCGUUCGGCGGCCGGGGUGGCGACGGCGAGACGUGCGACGGCCGCUGGUUCGACGUGCAGCAGUUGCGCGACCACUACCGCGACGGGUGCACCAGGAACGCGUAUACGUGCCCGUUGACCGGCUGCGGCCGCGCCGACCGCAUAGACACUGUGGUCGAGCAUUACGAGGCCGAGCACGACGUGCGCACGCCGCCGCCGGCCGAACACAGCGAGCACGACGAGAUGGUCAUCCGGCUGCCGAUCACGUCGGAAGAUAAAGAAGAAGUGUACAAGAUCUUUAACGGAUACUUUAUGUUCAGCACGUCUGCGGAGAAUGGUACGGAACCGGACCGUUCAAUGAAACUGACUAUUCGAAAUAUCAAUCCAACAGAUCCCUUGCAGUACACGUGUUGCGCAGAUGCGUACGAAAACGAGCUUUUGGUCCGAUUGACUGUGACCCAUACUACGUCCGAUGAAUUCGAGCUGGUUCGAUGGCUCAGUGCGACUUCUGGUCCUGCUGUUUUUGUUUUUAUAUUCAACACUUCAUAAACCCGUAAGCGCAUUAUAUACGGGUUUUGUGUGCUAUUUUUAACUAUUACGAAUACGUGCGAUUCUUUGUUUAAAACGUUUUUAAAUAAAUAAUACUAAUUGUGU